ACCACAUCAUGGUAAACCAGCGAGCAGUAAGUAGCAAGAGCAAGUUGUACCAAGUCAAGUGGAAUGGGACAAGAAGGUGUUACCCACUCAAUAACUGUAUGUGUCAAGCAAGAACGAAGAGUUUCCUGUACACUGAUUUUUUUCGUCUGAAAAUAAAGAGUUCGUCGAAUUUCACAAAUUUGCGUGAAAGGACACGCCUGUGAAUCUGGUAAAUCCGGCACGUUCUUGAUUUGGUUAAUUCGAUGAAUACUGAUAGCCUUAGAUACUUACAGAUAUGUUAGUGACAGUGUUUUGAGCUCCUUGCAUUAUUUGGCAUCAUGUUGGAAAAAGUGACGCAAGUUUUUAUUUUUUUUACCAUUUGUUUCACUGCGAUCGCGCAAGUUAAUGACAGAUGUUUCGAAAGGCACUCAAAUAGUCAAGGUAUAUGCAAACUUAUUACGGAUUGUCCAGCAGCAGUGGAACUAGCCAAGAUAGGCGUAGAAACAACUUUGUGUGGAUUUUAUCAGCUAACCGAGCCUAUAGUAUGUUGUGUAGAGAUCGGUUUACAAGCUCAACCAAACGUGGAUGGAACAGAUUUUAUAUUCCCGUCUGAAGCAAAUAGCGAAAAUCUUAGUAAACAAAACAACAGUUCCAAUGUUGUUCCAAAUGAUAAUUUAUUCUCAAAUGAGGCAGAUCUCGUAUUUCCUGACAAUCUUUCGAUAGAUGGAGAAUCCUUUAACGCGGACAAUUCAGAAAAUUUGAGGAUCAGUGACCAGAAAUGUGAAGAGUACACUAGACCAGUAACUUCUGUCGUCCAAGUUAUUCCAUUAGUGACAAACACAAAACCUAUCAAUAUAACCGUGCCAAAAUGUGAGUACAAUGGUGUCCCACUAAUUGUUGGAGGAAAACCAGCUUCCCCUGGUGAAUUUCCAUUCAUGGCUGCUAUUGGUUUCAAUACAACUGAGGAGCCUUGGAGAUGUGGUGGUACUUUGAUAAGUGACAGAUACGUCCUAACCGCUGGCCACUGUACAUUUACUAGAGAUGCAGGAUCACCAGCAAUUAUUCGCCUGGGAGGUCUAGACCUAUCGAACGACAACGAUGGUUCCGAACACCAGACCUACCUAGUAUCGAGAGUGACAACUCAUCCGGAAUACAGAUACCCUCUGAAAUACAACGAUAUCGCUCUGUUGAGGACGCACAAAAGGGUGAGGUUCACGGCGUUUGUGAGACCAGCAUGUCUUUACACCAAAAGCCAUAUAGAAUUCCAAGCUGGGAUUGCGACUGGAUGGGGAAGGACAGAUUUUGCGGGAGAAAAUAGUGAUAAAUUGAUGAAGGUCACCCUGAACAUUUAUAAUAAUCAACAGUGCUAUAGAACGUAUCAGAACAAUAAGGAUUUGCCGAGUGGCAUCACAUCGAAUAUGAUAUGUGCAGGGGAAUUGAAAGGAGGAAGGGAUACAUGUCAAGGCGAUUCUGGAGGACCUCUCAUUGUAACAAGGCCUGGCAAUCAAUGUAGCUUCUAUGUAGUUGGCGUAACUUCAUUUGGAAAAUCAUGUGGCCAAAGAAAUACCCCUGCUAUCUAUACUAGAGUGUCUGAAUAUGUUACAUGGAUUGAACAGACUAUAUGGUAGAUAGGUGCUAUAAAAAAUUUAUUCAAGAUUUUGACAGUUUUGUUACUGGUAUUAUAUAAUAUAUGAAGC